CCGGAAGUGAAACCGCUGUGACGCUCGCGCCGCUCGUCUUGUUUAUCUUCCUCGAGAUGAAUGCUGGCCGAUUUUACCUACAUUUAUUGAGUUCUCAUUAAGUAGCUAUUAUUCGGACCGUGUUAAUGGGCUAUUGAGGUGUUUGGAGUGUGUUUGUGUCGGACAGCAGGCGUUAAUACGAGUGUUUCUGGGUCUAUCGGAGUCUUGGCCUGAGCUCAGACACACUCGUUUAUUUCACAUUUCACACAAUUAUUCGGUUAUUUCUCUGGAGUGUAGUGUGUUUGUUUAUAUUUGUGUAGUAAAUCAUGGCUGUUGUCAACGAAGCAACUCUUAAAAAGAUGCUGAAGCAAUACAAAUACAGAGAUCUCACUGUCCGAGAGAUAACAAACGUCAUCUCUCAGUACAAAGACCUCAAACCUGUUAUGGAUGCGUACGUGUUUAAUGACGGAUCGUCCAGAGACUUGAUGAGCCUCACAGGAACUGUUCCAGUUAGUUAUAGAGGGAAUGUGUACAAUAUCCCCGUGUGCUUGUGGCUGCUGGAUAUGGCCGAAUACCUCAAGCGCUCUCCAUAG